AUGGCGCAGAAAGCCACCAAGACGCUCGCCGCUGCCAACACCCGCCGCCUCAACACCACCCUCUACUUCACCCUCGCCAUCCACACCCUGUUCUGGCUGCUCCGCGCCCUGCUCUUCCGCGCCUCCUUCACCCGCCGCUCGCUGGUCCUGUACCUCGUCCUCUCCGCCCCGCAGCUCCUGAUCAACCUGCAAUUCGAGCGCCUCUCGCGCCCCACCCUGCUCGCCGAUGGCUCCAUCAAGCGCCCCGGCGAGGACCUCGACGCCCCCGGCCUGACCGAGUACAUGUGGGACGUGACAUACUGGACCUACGGCUGCAUUGCGCUGGCCGCCCUGUUUGGCGACUGGAUGUGGUGGGGCAUGGUUGUUGUGCCGGCGUACAGCGUGUACUCGCUGUACGGCGUCUACAGGGGCUUCAGGGGCGCCGGCUACACAGAUGCCGCCGGUGUGCCGCAGCCCGAGGCUGCGCAGAGCAAGAGGCAGGCAAAGAUGGAGAAGAGGGGCGGCCAGAAGGUCGCGUACAGAUGA